AUGACCCAGUAUGAGCUGCAGAACACCACCAACAGAGCUGUCGAUUUAUCUUUUAUUGGUUACAGUCUGAAUGCAUUCAACCCUAGUGUCCCUCUCUCUAAAGAUGCUGGCUUUGAGUUCGACAUUUGCUACACUUCCGUGCUGAAGCGGGCCAUCAGGACACUGUGGCUGGUCCUGGACGGCAUUGACCAGAUGUGGGUGCCUGUGCACAGGACCUGGCGGCUCAACGAGCGCCACUACGGAGGUCUGACGGGUCUGAACAAGGCAGAGACGGCCGCCAAGCACGGAGAGGCUCAGGUGAAGAUCUGGAGACGCUCGUUUGAUAUUCCUCCUCCCAUCAUGGGCCCAGACCAUGACUACUACACUAUCAUCAGCAAGGAUCGUCGCUAUGCGGACCUGACUGAGGAGCAGCUUCCCUCCUGCGAGAGCCUGAAGGACACCAUCGCACGGGCGCUGCCCUUCUGGAACGACGAGAUCGCCCCUCAGAUCAAACAGGGGAAGAGGGUGCUCAUCGCCGCCCAUGGAAACAGCCUGAGGGGGAUUGUUAAGCAUCUGGAGGGAAUGUCAGAUGAGGCCAUCAUGGAACUGAACCUGCCCACAGGCAUCCCCAUCCUCUAUGAGCUCGACAAAAACCUGAAACCUGUGAAGCCUAUGCAGUUCCUGGGAGACGAGGAGACUGUACGUAAAGCCAUGGAGGCCGUGGCUGCUCAGGGGAAGGCCAAGAAGUAAAGUAAUAGGAGACAAAAUACCGCUCUCUGUGGGUGAUAGUAUCGACUGGCCUCAGAUUAAUGUUUUUGUUUCUAAACCCUAAUUUAUUUUUGGAUGAUCUACCCUAGAUCAGAGAUGACCUCACUCGUAGGAUAUAUUACAGAUAUAAAUUAGAGAGCCACAGUUCUCAAGAGAUUGUAAGUAAUUUUUGCCAAAAAGGUUGUUUUAACCUUUAAUGAGUUAGCAUUGAACUGAAAUCCUCAGUAUUACUGAGAAAGACAGUUUCUUAUUUGAAUACUUGAAUAUUUAACUAAUUGCCCGUUUACUCCGUUUAACAUUCCUGUUUAAAAUGGAUUAUAUAGUUUAAAUGUCUUUUGAGAAAACAAAGAUAUUUGCUGUGAUGUCAUUGGUUUUGUCAAAAUGCUGAUUAAAGAAAUUACAGAUAAAGAGUUAAAUCCUGGGCAACGUGUAGAGAAUCAUUUGGCUGACUGCUCUUGUUGAGGUAUUCGCUUGUACUGUACAUCUUUAUGAGACACUGUUUUUCAAAUGCCCUGAUUAUGGUCAGGAAGUUAAAUCUGAGCGUCUCAUCAUAUUGACUUCUGCCCAGGAUGCCAAUAUUACUGCCAUGGCAAAUUAAAGAUAUUGUAGUCUAUUAUAAUUCAAUUUAAAAUGUACUUUUGAAUAAAUUAUAUUUACACACACUGGGAAUUUUUAGAUUUAGUUAGACACCUUUUAACAGCAAGGGACCUAUGCAAAGGCUGCAGACUUAUUUGAUCUCACUUUUCAAAGCAUGUUAUCGAUGCAUUCCAGUGAUAAAGGGAUGUCAUUUAGCAAUCUCUUGACAGCAUGAUGAGACAGUGAAAACAGUUCCUCUCUCUUUAUGUCUCUGUCUUCUGUUUGUGCAAUGUCCCUGUGUGUUGUCACAGCCUGUGUUGUGUCAGACUAUCCGUGCUUUUCUUUUUGUGUCUCACCAAGUUUGGUCAUUUUGAACCACUACUUUACGAUCAGCUUUUCCCUCUUGGUGUCGUGUGAUGUAUCCAUGUGCCUCAACCUUCUAAAGUAUAUGACUGCAUCAGCAGAGGUGGUUUUGGGUGAACAGUCUGUGAAUGGAGCAUUUGUCUUCAGGAAAUAUAAUUCUAUUGGCUUAAUGUACCCUGAAAGUUCUGAUGUAAUAAAUGUGCACUUAUCCAAUCCAAAUCAA